AUGUUUUGGGGAUUAACACCAGCAUUAGAUAUGCUAAAAGAAUAUAAAACUUUAAAAAGUGAAGUACCUGAAACACUUAAUAUACUUAUAGUGGGAAGUGCGGAUUGUAGACACGUUCUUAAAACAGAAGCUCGAAAAUACAGACACGGAAACGUGAAAGUUAAUUUCUAUUUAGUCGAAGUUUGUGUAGAAUUAAUAGCGAGACAAUUACUCUUAUUAAAUAUCGCACUGCAACCUCAAGAAGUUGUUGGAUUAUCACAAAAAACGAAAAUAUUCAUGGAAAUAUACGGUAAUAGUUUAGUACGACCAUCGGUGGCCAAAUUUUUUAAAUCUACAGCAAGCGAUUUAAUAAAAAUGAUCACCGACUACGAUUACUUAAGACAAAUGAUGAAUUUCGUAUGUUUGGAUAUAAAAUAUAAAGAGAGAGAUUAUUUGGAAAAUCUUUUGAAAUUUUGGUGUUCGAAAGACGAGUUCGAUAUUUGUAACAUUUGGGAUAGAAGACUUCGGAAAUACCUCGGCGUUAGAUACGAUUCGAAAACCGGGGCUUUCGAUUGGGAUUUACAUAUGCGUUUACAUGAUAUCGGCGCUAAACAAAUUUGCAAUCAGGAAUACAGGAAUUUUAGAAAUAACGGAGUCGCUUUUACUUGGUUGGAAUCGGAAGUAUCCAAACCGAAUCGAUCCUUAGUGUGCGCUACUAUACCGAACGGAACUAGUUUCGUACAUCACGGAUAUUUAGGUGAUAUGUUGACCGGACCUUUCAUUACUUUCGGUUUGGAUUGCGAAGACGAAAAAUUUUUAAAAUCCGUACACGGUCAAAAUUAUUAUAGAGCUACAGACGUAACGGAGAGAAAUUUGAAACAAAUUUUUUAUGAAAUCGAACAUAAACAAAAGUAUAUACAUCAAUUCGUGAAUGAUACUUGUAUGGGGAACGUCGUUAUGAAAGAAACUGAUAUGGUGGUCGAUGUAUCCGGACUGGAUUUUAUACCUAGACCAACGAAGAAGUGUCUUGAAAUCGAUGAUAAACUUAACAUUAUCUCGAUUUCAAUUUAUAAUUUGAUGCGUUAUAAAGAACAAUAUAGGAAAUAUUUCGAUGUCAUAUAUUACGCGAAUACACAUUUGAAAUUUCUCGAUCAAGAAUUGAUAAAAAACGUUGCUAAAAAAGACGCGGUUAUGUUUAUAGAAAAUCAAUUGUUUUUUGUGUCCAAUAGAAAAAAGGAACUCGAAGCAUAUGCAGGAAGUAUUGAUGAGGCGGUAGACGGCUUAGAUUUAGAAAAACGCCCAUUUGAUUGUCUGAAAGAUUCAUAUGUUAAGUUUAUCAUUCAUUAA